AUGCCCGAUAUCACCGGACACAUCUCCUUCCCGCGACUAUGUCAGCGCCCCAUCCCCGUGUUCCCGAUGCCGUUUGGCGGAGUAAACGACAGCAUGUCUGAAGUCCGCGAUACUGAGAUGGUGUCGCCUCACCUCGCUCGCUGCGAAGAACUUUGGUACUUGGAUGGUAGCAUCGUACUCGCUGCUGAAGGGGUCGCGUUCAAGGUCUACCGCAUGCUGCUGGCUCAACACUCGUCCGUUUUCGCAGACAUGCUGGCCAUCUCCCAUCCGGACGCAAACGUCGACCCGUUGUACGAUUGUCCACUCGUACAUAUGCCAGACUCUGCUGAAGACCUGCGAUGCCUCCUCCUGGCCAUUCACGAUAUCAACUCGGGAGAACGUUUAGACAAUGCACCCUUUGCAGAAGCUGCGGCGGUCGCGUCCCUAGCUGCCAAAUAUGACAUCCCCCGCCUCCGCGACCGCGCCCUGCAGCGCUUCGACAGCUGGUUCCCCGGCUCUCUUCACAAGUGGAACGUGCGCCCGACGCUGGCCCCCACGGACUACGUCAAAGCCCUCCGCAUUGCGAGACAACUCCAGCGCUCAUGCACCCUUCCGUUGAUCAUGCUCGCGCUCUGCGAUCGCGGGCUGGACGCGAUCCUCUCCGCUGGGCUCGAACCAAACGACCUUCGCAUUGCGCUGCACGGGUUCGUCACCCUGCAGGGAUUGCAGCGCACGCACCCGUUUCGGUGGAUCUAUCGCGUCUCGGCGGCGUGCGCGAGCGUGCGGGAGUGCGGGGAGCAGAAGGCGCGGCUGUCGCGGACGAUCGAGGAGGCGUUCAUCAAGAUCGACAAACUGUGCCUGUUCGAGCACGGCUUCUCCCGCGCGGCGUUGGAGCACGUCGGGCUCUGUCUCGGGUGCAUCGACGAUGCGAUGAUCACGGACAAGACCGGACGACAGCGCGCUUGGGAGGAGGUCCCAGCUGCGUUCAAUGGGCUGACAUGAUUGAGGAUCGCCUGCAAGAUCGAGAGGUUAGUUGCAUUGUCUUCAAAUUGCCGAACCUUCAUGCUGAAUGCGACAGCCAAGGGCAAAAAAGGUCGUGUGGUUGAAACGGCAUACCGUGAUUUCGAUCAACUCUUGCCCGAGUGUCGUCCGGGAGGCACCGCAAUGAACACGACGGGGUGAU